AUGUCCAAUAAACUACCCUACAAAGUCACGGACAGCGGACCGCCUGCAUGGGGACGAAAGGCCCUGAACAUAGCGGAGAGUAAGAUGCCAGGUUUGAUGCGCAUGCGUGAAUUGUACUCAGCCUCUAAGCCGCUGAAGGGUGUUCGCGUUGCUGGCUGCGCGUAUAUGACUGUGGAGACUGCUGUCCUCAUCGAGACUCUCGUGGCCCUGGGUGCUGAGGUGCGGUGGUCUAGCUGCAACAUCUUCUCUUCUCAGGACCAUGCCACAGCUGCCGUUGCCAAGGCCGGCAUUCCAGUGUUUGCCUGGAAGGGCGAGACAGAUGAAGAGUACCUGUGGUGCAUUGAGCAGACAUUGCACUUCAAGGAUGGACCCCUAAGCAUGAUUCUGGACGGUGGUGGUGACCUUACUAACCUCAUCCACACCAAAUACCCACAGCUUCCAAGUAUCCGAGGUAUCUCUGAGGAGACCACGACUGGGGUCCAUAACCUCUACAAGAUGGUCGCCAAAGGGAUACUAAAGGUGCCUGCUAUCAAUGUCAAUGACUCUGUCACCAAGGGCAAGUUCGACAACCUCUAUGGCUGCUGGGAGUCCCUCAGAGAUGGCAUCAAACCAGCCACAGAUGUGAUGAUUGCGGACAAGGUGGUGUUGGUAGCAGGCUAUGGUGAUGUGGGCAAGGGUUGUACCCAGGCCCUGAGGGGUUUGAGGGCCCAAGUCAUCAUCACUGAGGUUGACCCCAUCAAUGCACUGCAAGCUGCCAUGGAGGACUAUGAGGUGACCACCAUGGAUGUGGCUUGUAAGGAGGGCAACAUCUUUGUCACCACCACAGGCUGUGUUGAUAUCAUCCUUGGCUGGCACUUUGAACAGACGAAGGAUGAUGCCAUUGCAUGUAACAGUGGAUACUUUGAUGUGGAGAUUGAUGAGAAGUGGCUCAGUGAGGAUGCUGUGGAGAAGGGGAGCAUCAAGCCUCAGGUGGACCGCUACUGGCUAAAGAAUGGACGCCGCACCAGCCUGCUGAUGGAAGGCUGGCUCGUCAACUUGGGUUGCGCCAUGGGCCACCCCAGCUUUGUGAUGAGCAACUCCUUCACAAACCAGAUGAUGGCACAGAUUGAGCUGUGGACUCACCCAGACAAAUCCCCCGUUGGGGUUCACUUCCUGCCGAAGAAGUUGGAUGAGGCAGUGGCUGAAGUCCACCUGGGCAAGCCGAAUGUGCAACUGACCAAGCUGACUGAGAACCAGGCCCAGUACCUUUGCAUGUUUGCUGACGGCCCCUUCAAGCCUGACCACUACUGCUACUGA